ACCUCUCCUCUUCUCUCUGUCUUCGGUAAAUCACACAGCUGACCCUUGAUAAAUUAUACCAAACCUUUCAUUAUCUUUAACAAAGAAAAGAAAAAAAAGCCCGACAUGAUCAAUAUGGACUCCUCAAAGAACUCUCUUGGAAAUAUAGCACUCGUCUUAAUUCUCUUUGCCGGUGUCCUUUACCUUUGCACCUGGUCGUCUGCCUCACGAUCAAGCCCUUUAUUAUUCUCGUCUCGAAGAUCAUCUAACCAUUGGCCAUCUCACUCACAAUCUGAAAUGAAAAGGUUGAAGUUUCCAAUAGACGAGCUUGAAUUGGCUUUGGAGAAGGCCUCAACUCCAAACAAAACAGUGAUUAUAGCUGUUGUUAACAAAGCUUAUGUAGACCAAACUAUUCAUGCUGAAACAACAAUGCUUGAUCUUUUUCUCGAGAGUUUGUGGCUAGGAGAGGACACUAGGCCACUUCUCGAUCAUCUACUCUUAGUUGCUGUCGAUCAAGUUGCUUAUGAGAGGUGUUUGUUCAAGCGGCUAAACUGUUACAAGCUGGAAACGGAAGGUUUGGGUCAUUUUGGAGGGGAAAAGAUCUUCAUGUCACAAGAUUUUCUCAAGAUGAUGUGGAGAAGAACCCUUUUGUUGUUGGAAGUUCUCAAGCAUGGAUACAACUUUAUUUUCACGGAUACUGACGUUAUGUGGCUCAGGAAUCCAUUUUCAAGGCUAGGCAUUUAUAACGAAAGUGUGGACCUGCAGAUCAGCACCGAUUGGUUUAAUGGCGACCCACGCUCAGAAAAAAAUGCCAUCAACACCGGGUUCUACUACAUCAGGUCAAACAAUAAGACCAUCUCAUUGUUUGAUGCAUGGUAUGGCAGAAAAGACAAUUCCACAGGCAAGAAAGAGCAAGAUGUGUUCUUUGACCUAAUGACGGAGGGCAUGUUUGGGCAACUGGGCCUUCAGGCAAGGUUCUUGGACACCGUCUACUUCAGUGGGUUUUGCACAGAUAGCAAGGAUAUCAAGGCGGUGAUCACUGUCCAUGCCAAUUGUUGUCGGAGUAUAAAGGCCAAGGUUAAGGAUUUAACUGCUGUUCUUCGUGAUUGGAAGAAGUUCAAGGCAACAAGUGUUAAAGCAGCUGCAGCUCGUAGUAAUAUAACUGUGCCUUUCAGGUGGACAGGACAUUUUGGAUGUUGGGAUUCUUGGAAAACUAAAGUUUAGUUUCAGGUUCCUUCUGCUUUUCAUUGGAGGAAAACACAAACACAAACACAAACACAAACACAAAAACAAAAGGCCAAAGUCUAUUGUAGAUCUUUAAUGAACUAUAACCCCGUCUUUGUACUAUGAUAUAAUUAGUUAAUUAAUUAAUUAAUCAUCAUUUUUAAAAUAUCAA